AUGACCAGGCCUCCCCACGUCCACUGGGCUGUUGGCGGUGCUCAAGCGAGUGCCCGUCUUCUUCCUCCUUGCCCCUUCUCUGGCGGCGCCCCUCUGGCGAACGGGACCCGCUGUUGUCCCUCCUCCCUCCCUGCCUGGUCCGCUCCUGCCCGCGCCGCGCGGCUCAUCCUCCCACCGAUUCCUGCGUGCCUGCUGCCGCUCCAGCGGCUACCCGCCGUCGCCACUCCAAUCUCCCCGCUCUCCCCAUCGGUCAUGCGCCCUGGAAUCCCCUCCACGUCCGUCUCCACGCUGCUGCUCUCUUUCUGGCGCGUGGAUCCGCUCCGCCCUUCCCGCGCCCCGCUGCCUUUGUCUCCGCGUCUCGCGCUCCCUCUCAUCUUGGGCUAUCCGCUCCUGCUGAAGCGCGUCCUUGGCGCGCUGCUCUUCCCCACUGCUGGCCUCGCGGCCGUGCUAUCCCUCCGCCUGGCUCGCGCCAAUGUUCUCGUCCGCCUGUGCGUGUUCGGCGUGUUCCGCGUCAUCGCCGUGCUCGUCGAAUUCCGCGGCCCGGUCUUCGUCGUCAUCUCCCUCCUUGGCGCUUCGUCCUGCAGCCCCUGGCCCUCCUCGUCCGCUUCUGCGUCUAGCGCUCCCUCCACCACUGGCCCCGCGCCGUCCGGUGUGCCCUCCGUGCGGUCGUCGCCGCGGGCAUCUCCUUCUCGUUCCCGGGGAAAUUCCCCGAAGCCCUGCCAACGGCCGCGGUCGUCACGGCGCCGUCCUCGCCCCUCUUGGGAGCGGAACCUCCCUUCCUCGCAGCGCCCGUCGCUGCUUCCUCUUGACGGUCACGGGCUAAGGGAACUCGAUCUGCGCGGAAGGCCGGCCUACAUGGCGAUCGCUCUACCGAUCGCCCUCGCUCGCGUGACGGCUCGCUUUGCGGCCGUUCUUCCUCGCGACGGCUAA